AAAAAUCAUUUUAAGCGUAAAACACACACAAUAUUUCCCCUGUUUCUUUCACAAAUUCAAUUUAUCUUCUCCUGUCAUUUCUAUCCUUAUUGCAUCGAUUCCAUCCUUUAGAGCUCUCUCUCUCUCUCUCUCUCUCUCAAUUCAAUUCCUAUUGCUGCCAUUUCUUGGGAGUCUCGAAACACUUUUGAAACUUCUUUUCUGUAUUGAUUCAAGUAUGAAUUACCCGAGUGUUGCAUCAUUCUUUUUCAUGUUUCUCUUCAUUUACUUGUUUGGUUACUUUCUAAUUUUCCGGCAUUGGGGCGACACACACCGAGCCGAAGCCGCAAGCUGUUUGGCUUCUCUAGCUCAUGGAACACCUGCUGUUUUCAUGGCAACCAUUGCCAUUCUCACCGCCCAAAUCACUAAUUUCUCUUCUCCAAACACGCCUUUGCAAAACAUGGUACUUGAUUACGGAAUAGCUUAUUUCUUGCUUGAUCUUCUCCACUACUUGGUUUUCUUCCCAUCUGAUAUUCUUUUCAUACUCCAUCAUCUGGCAACCCUCUAUGUAUUUCUAACAUGUCGAUACGUGGUGUGUCAUGGAGCUUUUGCUCUGCUUAUACUUCUUGUUCUUGCUGAGGUUACAAGCGCGUGUCAGAACAUUUGGACACUUGCUGAUUUCAGGAAGACUCAUGUGCCUGCCGCAAAGAACUUGCAUGAGUUAAUGUCUCCUUUCUUCUAUGCUUUUUAUUCUGUUGCGAGGGGAAUUAUUGGGCCUUUUGUUGUGUAUAAAAUUGGAAUUUUCUAUCUUAGCGGAGGAGCAAAUAAUUUUAUACCUACAUGGGCUUGGGUUUCUUGGCUUACUGUGAUUAGCAUUGCAAUCUUGAUUAGCAUAUCAUGGGUUUUCAAUCAUUGGGUAGACUGGUUUACACAAAAAGGACAAGCACUUCUAGAAAAACAGAGGUAGAAUAAUUUGGUUCCUUCGAUUUUUAGGUUUUUGUUUGAGUGGGUCGCAAUUAUGAUAUUUGUUGGUGAAUUUUCCUGUAAUUUCAGGGGCUAAUUAUUUUUUUUCAGUUGAUACAAAUGUAAGAUUCUGCUCGCAGGAUUCACCACGAGGAUGAGCCAGGAAUGUGUUUCCUUAUCUUUCUUUGUAUAUAUAUUACCUGACUUGUAUGCAGCAUCUAUUAAUUUCACAAAUGCAAAACGAAUCAUGGUGAUAAAUUUAUGACCACUAGAUGAUAUGGAAGAAUAUUACAUGGAUAAAUUAUCAAAAGGGAAGGAAAAAAGAUCAAAAUAUAAUUCAGACGCAACAGAUUUCAUGCUAGAGCAGACGGGGGAGGUUCCUCUGUCAACUUGAUAUACCCAAUUAGUUGCUGCUAAACUUUCUGCUCAGUGCACUUGAAAUCUUUGGUUCCUGGAGGAAGCUUCUCAGGGAAAAUCUUGCAAGAUCUGAAAUGCACAGCCUCAUCUCAAGAUUUAUAUGCUAAUAAUAGAAGCAUUCAUCAUGUCAGGACUCCCAUUGUAGUCCAGCUCAACAAAGGAUUCUUCUUCAAAGCAAAAUUAGAUUACUACUGUAAAUAUGGACUCAGUUCAUGGAAGCACUUACCUUUACGAAGUACUUCAUGUCGGAAGGUAGGAUGAGAAUGUCUGGAAUUGAAGAGAAUUGAAGGGCUUCAGGAGAAAA